UGCCGGUGAGGUGGGCUGAGCGAGGCCGGGCAGAGCUCACUGCCUGCGGGCUUAACGUCGUGAGCAGCCGCCGCCGCGUUGGUUCCACAGUCUCUCCCCUGCGCUGCACUUGGACCUGGAUGAAGGUUUAACUCGGAGCGGCGUCUUUGAGCUGCGGACGUGGACCGAGACUCUGCAGCACACGGACUGAGGGAUUACAUGCUAACAAACAAAGAAACUCAAAACAGGAUGUAAACGUAAACAAACCUCGGAGAGAGCUGCAGAAUGUCCGGAGGAACAAAAGAGACUUCUGCUUGUACGAGCCGCGGCGGACACAACUAACCAGCGGCUACACCGGCUAACGUUAGCGGAGUUAAUGCUAACUACACCCCGACAGACUUUAUGAGGUGGACUCUCCCGCAUCCUUUGCUUGUAAAGUCUCAUUGACACUCACUCGUCAUGGCUGCAGUGGUCAGCUACUCUCCACCAUGGUGGGUGAAACUGCUCCACAGGCUUCCACAUUUCAACCUCAGGUUCGAGCAAACCAGCGGCGAUUUCCAACCGGACGACUGGACAUAUCAACAGUCCAUCCUGUUAUUGGGAGGUGUGGCGCUCGCCUGUCUGGCCCUGGACCUCCUGUUUCUGCUCUUCUACUCCAUCUGGCUGUGCUGCCGGCGAAACAGAAAUGUUGAGCAGCCCAAGGCAGACUGCUGCUGCACGGCCUGGUGUGUUAUCAUCGCAACACUUGUCUGCAGCGCUGGCAUUGCUGUCGGUUUCUAUGGGAACGGCGAGACUUGUGAUGGAGUGAAUCGGCUGACGUAUUCCCUGCGCCAUGCUAACCGCACAAUCGUUGGAGUGCAGAAGCUGGUAUAUGACAGUACAUCCUCAUUGAACCAAACCGUAGAAGACAAUCUGCAGCAGCUUGAGGGCCAGUAUGCGGGGCACGCGGACUACCUGUCCAUCGUCCAAAAGCUGCAAGGCCAGCUGGACGAGCUGGUGAAACAGAUGGUGGAGAUUCCCUUCUGGGACAACACUAACAUCUCCUUGGAGGAGCUGGCCGUCAACAUUGAGCUGUAUGAUUGGUACAGGUGGCUGGGCUACAUAAGCCUGCUACUGUUCGACGUCCUCAUCUGCCUCCUGGUGCUGUUUGGCCUCAUUCGCAACUCCAAGGGAACGCUUAUAGGGGUGUGCUUGUUUGGCGUAGUGGCUCUGGUUAUCAGCUGGGUCUCCUUGGGGAUGGAAUUAGCCGUCUCGGCGACCUCGAGUGACUUCUGUGUCGCUCCUGACACGUAUGUCACAAAAGUGGCCGACCAGUACAAGGUCGUCAAUAAAGAAAUCCUGCAGUACUACCUUAGUUGCAAUCUGGAAAAGAACAAUCCAUUCCAGCAGAAGCUCUCAGGCAGUCACAAAGCAUUAGUGGAGAUGCAGGACGAUGUGUCCGAGCUGCUGCGCUCCGCCACCGGAGAAUACAAACAAACUAAGGAAAGUUUGGACCAGAUUCAGGGGAUACUGAACACCACGGAGAUCAGCCUACAUCAGCUCACUGCACUGGUGGACUGUCGCAGCCUGCACAUGGACUAUGUCCAGGCCAUGACAGGUCUGUGUUACGACGGACUGGAAGGCCUCAUCUACCUCGUGCUCUUCUCCUUCGUCACUGCUCUCAUGUUCAGCUCGAUUGUUUGCAGUGUGCCUCACACCUGGCGGACCAAGAGGAGCGAGGACGACAGUGAGGAUGAGUCUCCGAGCCACGGAGGGAGGCAGAACCAUGAUAACCUGUACCGGGUCCACAUGCCCAGCCUGUACAGCUGUGGCAGCAGCUAUGGCAGUGAGACCUCCAUCCCUGCGGCCGCCCACACCGUCAGCAACGCACCUGUAACAGAGUACAUGGCUCAGAACGCCAGCUUCCAGAACUCUCGCUGUGAAAACACGCCUCUGAUUGGACGAGAGUCUCCUCCCCCCACGUUGUAUUUGACUGCCGCCGACAGUAACAGCGGUCACUGCUGGCAGUUAAAGCCUUCGGAGAGUUCAAGAUCGUUUUGGUAACCUCGUCUGCUAUGCUAACAGUACACCUCCAGCAUGCGGGCGAAGUACCUGGCCAACAGCCGACCGGAGCCGACCAACCCUCCAGCGCCCUAGACCACGCUGGACUUUCUGCACUGGCAUCAGUCAGGGUUUUUCUUCUUUUUUUUUUUACUCAGCCGCUCCACCUUCUGUUUUUCCUCCACCGUUAACUCUCUUACUCGACUUGAAACGGAAAACCAAAUGUGCUUUCGCUGAUUGGUUGAAGUGAAAAGUGACGGACGUGACAUCAAAGCUCAUCUCUCCAGUUUCUACCAUCCUACUGGGAUAUUAUCCUCACUCUGAUUUGACGGAGCCUGGACUGACGUUUACACUCCUUUUUUUUUUCUCUUUACAUUAUGACAUUGUACAGCGUCACAUCUAACAAGGCUUUGCCGUGUUGAGGACUCUGGAAGUGCUCACUGACUAACACUGAUUACUAUUAGUUGUUUUUGUAAAGAACUGUACCCCCUGCCCCCCCCUCAGUCGGAGAGGGAGGAAAAUGCCUUACACGUAAUUACGGGAGGAAUCGUUGGAGAUCUUCCCACCUGAGGAGUAGAUAUCGUUUCUUGCAUUAUUACACAUUCAACAAAAUACCGAACUGGCGUAGUUAGAUUAAUUUCACAGCGCAACAUCACGGUUGCUCAGGUUUCGUGGAUCUUAAAAUGCAAAUCUGAUAAUUGCAUUAUUUUCCUGUUUGAUAUCAUAUGUGCACACGGGCUUGUUUUUGGCGUUUCGUCUUAAAUCUGACGUCUGGGACCAGUUUUCCUGCGGUAUUGCACGUCGAACACGCAACAAGUCUUUUUGUCUUCUCGGGACACUGUUAUUUCCUGUGGCUUUUCAACAAAAUACAUUUAUAAGCCACUUUUCCAAAGCAGUGACAACACUGUAACUCGUGAAGCUGUGAACUUUGACGCUCUCAGAGGAUUUGAAAAGGACAAAGAUGAAAUGAGUUAAAUAGUGGAGAGAAGUUUUUAUACUACUGGAAGCAGAAUUUUUUCUUUUCUCUUUUUACCGACGAUGGUGAUGCGCUGGAAUACAGAGGAGUGUGUGUGAUGUCUUUCUUCAAUCUUGCUCCAGACUUUUUAAGAUCGUUUUGCGGUGCCCCCUCUUCACCAGACUGCUUGUAAUUCUCAAAAGUUGUAAAGCUCCAUUUCCCUCGACAUGGCCGGGAAGUACAAUCACACAUUCUUGAGUCUGCCUGGUAGAGGAAGCCACUCGUCCCAUCAUUAAGUCUUAAUGCACAUUCUGGUGAAAGUCUGCAUAUUCCAGCUUCUCAAGAAGAGGGAACUCCUGUGCAUUGUCAAUCCAGUGUCUCACAAAUGUGUUUUAGCAUUUAUACGAACAGUAGAAAAACGAAGUGGACGCUGUGAAGGAAUUGCCACGACUCCGCUCUCUCAUAUAAACUGGAAGCUGUUCCUGUUGAAGCAUGACGAUCCUUUACGCGUGGAACGAGAUGUUUGUACCUCCGAUGCUUCAACUCGCUUUUCUCUUCAAUGUGCUUUUGUGACCAGUACAAGAGGUGAUUUUGUAUUUUUUUGAGAUUGUGCCAACAAAUGGAAGCACAACUCUUAAACUCUGAAUAUCUUUAUUUUUUAAAUGUCUUUACUUUAGGCCUGUUUGUAACGAUGACAGCUCCAACGAGAAAACGAGCCUGACUUUUUUUUCUCAUUACAUUUAUGCUCUGUAAGACUUUUACUACACUGAUGCAAUCCUUGUGUUUUUCGUAGUGGUCAUAUUCUAUUUGUUGUUUGUUACUCAAAGCUGUUGUACAGGUCGUGGACAUUUACAAAAUGAAGAAAAACAAAAAAAGUACUGAAAUGGACUUUUCUUUUUAAUUUCUUAAAAAAAAAUAUUUUACAUUUCAAAAAAUGUUUCUAUUUGAUUUGCUCGUAGAUUUUUUUUAUUUCAUUUUAGAAUCUGUAGCAAGCACAAAGUGUUGCUUCAUUAAUGUGAAUAAGGUAAAUAGGUUUCAAUUUUUUCUGUUAAAAAGAAAUCACUAGGGAUGUAAUCAGUUUUUAUUUUUUAUUUUGUACAUCUUGUUUGCUGUCUCUAAAAUGUGUACAUGUAAAACCUGUGGUGAUUCUGAGCUUGAAUGCUGUGUUUUAAAAUUAAACAAACCUUAACUGUA